UUCCAUGGAAGCAAGGAAAAGAACCUUCCCGGAAAAAGCAAAAGCAGAGCAAGGUUUCGGUUUUCCUUUGUCUAGUUAAUCAAGCAAGAAUUCCUUUCCUUAAAUUUAAGAAACUUCAAGGCAGUAUUCUUGGAUAGAAAGGGCCAUCAGCUUCAUUGUCAAUUGUCAAAGGCAACUUCCAUAGUACCGAUAGAAGCUGCUUUUCUUUUCUAAGUGGCAACAUAAUGCAAGGGCUGAUCCAAGGACUAAGAUCAUGCUGGCAGGAAAGGAUUAAGGUAGCAAUUAUAAGGCAUUCAGGAGGCACUAGUAGCAGUAAAACCAUGAUGUCUUCUCAAUCCAUGGAAAUGGAAGAGAAGGGAUUAGAGAACAUGACGGUAGCAGAUGUGUUGAUGACAAAAGGUGAAGCGACCGUCGGGUCAUGGAUUUCGUGUCGCAUCAAUGACAAUGUCGAUGAUGCCAUGAAGAAUAUGGCACAACACAACAUUGGGUCAUUGGUGGUGUUAAAACCGGGAGAUCAACAACAUAUUGCAGGGAUCAUCACUGAAAGAGACUACCUGAGGAAGAUCAUUGGGCAAGGAAGAUCGCCAAAAUACACGAGAGUGGGGGAAAUCAUGACCAAUGAGGAGAAGCUAAUCACGGUGAAAUCUGAUACAAGCAUUCUUCAAGCAAUGCAACUUAUGACAGACAAUCACAUACGGCAUGUUCCGGUGAUAGAUGGGAGACUAGUGGGCAUGGUUUCUAUAGUAGACGUUGUCCGGGCUGUGGUGGAACAACAAAAUGGAGAAUUGAACCGACUCAACAGCUUCAUCAAAGGAGAUUACUACUAA